AUGGCAUUAGUCGGCGUGGACUUUCAGGCGCCGUUACGGACGGUUUGCCGCGUCCAAUUCGGGAUUUUGGGUCCCGAGGAGAUUAAGAGAAUGUCCGUCGCUCAUGUCGAGUUCCCAGAGAUCUACGAAAACGGAAAGCCGAAGCUUGGCGGUCUGAUGGAUCCGAGACAAGGAGUGAUUGAUAGACGCGGAAGAUGCAUGACAUGCGCCGGCAAUCUAACCGACUGUCCCGGUCAUUUCGCCCAUUUGGAGUUGGCAAAACCCGUGUUUCACAUCGGAUUCCUCACAAAAUCGCUCAAAAUCCUGCGCUGCGUCUGCUUCUACUGCGGACGUCUUCUGAUCGACAAGUCGAAUCCACGAGUCAUGGAUAUUCUGAAGAAGACGUCGGGAAACGCGAAGAAGCGUCUGGCGUUGAUUUACGAUUUGUGUAAAUCAAAGUCAGUGUGCGAAGGAGCGGCGGAGAAGGAGGAGGGACUUCCAGAUGACGUCGACGAUCCGAUGAGCGGAGAGAAGAAGAUUCCAGCGGGAUGUGGAAGAUACCAGCCAUCGUACCGUCGUGUUGGAAUCGAUAUCAACGCGGAAUGGAAGAAAAACGUCAAUGAGGACACCCAGGAGCGUAAAAUCAUGCUCACCGCCGAACGAGUGCUGGAAGUUUUCAAACAGAUCACUGAUGAGGAUAUUCUAGUCGUCGGAAUGGAUCCACAAUUCGCGCGACCCGAAUGGAUGAUUUGUACCGUACUACCGGUCCCGCCGCUUGCAGUCCGACCGGCGGUCGUCACGUUUGGAUCGGCGAAGAAUCAGGAUGAUUUGACGCAUAAACUGUCGGACAUCAUAAAGACCAAUCAGCAACUUCAAAGAAACGAAGCAAACGGAGCAGCGGCUCACGUGCUCACAGAUGACGUCCGUCUUCUACAGUACCACGUGGCGACACUCGUCGACAAUUGUAUCCCCGGCCUUCCGACGGCGACUCAGAAAGGCGGACGCCCUCUAAAAUCAAUCAAACAACGUCUGAAAGGAAAAGAGGGUCGAAUUCGUGGAAAUUUGAUGGGAAAACGUGUGGAUUUCUCGGCGCGUACUGUAAUUACAGCCGAUCCGAAUCUCCCAAUCGAUACAGUCGGUGUGCCGCGAACUAUCGCUCAAAAUCUGACAUUCCCUGAAAUCGUGACGCCAUUCAACGUGGAUAAACUGCAAGAGCUCGUAAAUCGAGGCGAUACACAGUACCCGGGUGCCAAAUAUAUCAUCAGAGAGAACGGCGCUCGCGUCGAUUUGAGAUAUCACCCGAGGGCGGCGGAUCUCCAUUUACAGCCGGGUUAUCGUGUGGAGAGACAUAUGAAAGAUGGAGAUAUCAUUGUGUUUAAUCGACAACCGACACUCCAUAAAAUGUCAAUGAUGGGACAUCGUGUCAAGAUUCUUCCAUGGUCUACGUUCCGUAUGAAUUUGUCUGUCACAUCACCGUAUAAUGCGGAUUUCGAUGGAGAUGAGAUGAAUUUGCACUUGCCGCAAAGUUUGGAGACUCGCGCUGAGAUUGAGGAGAUUUGUAUGGUGCCAAGACAACUAAUCACACCACAAGCCAACAAACCAGUGAUGGGUAUCGUCCAGGACACUCUCUGCGCCGUCCGUAUGAUGACAAAACGAGAUGUCUUCAUCGAUUGGUCAUUUAUGAUGGAUUUGCUGAUGUAUCUCCCAACUUGGGACGGAAAAGUGCCCCAGCCGGCGAUUCUGAAGCCAAAACCUCUUUGGACAGGAAAACAAUUGUUCUCACUGAUCAUUCCUGGCAAUGUGAACGUCCUCAGAACCCACAGUACCCAUCCGGAUAACGAGGAUUCUGGACCCUACAAAUGGAUCUCUCCGGGAGACACAAAAGUGCUCAUUGAGCACGGAGAGCUCUUAUCCGGAAUCGUUUGCUCCAAGACUGUCGGAAAAUCCGCUGGAAAUUUGCUCCAUGUCGUCACGCUGGAGUUGGGAUACGAAAUCGCCGCGAAUUUCUAUUCGCAUAUUCAAACGGUCAUCAACGCGUGGCUUCUCCGCGUAGGACACACCAUCGGAAUCGGAGACACAAUUGCCGAUCAUGCGACAUAUCUGGAUAUUCAGAAUACGAUUAAAAAAGCGAAACAAGACGUCGUCGACAUCAUCGAGAAGGCGCACAACGAUGAUUUGGAGCCGACGCCCGGAAACACGUUGAGACAGACUUUCGAGAAUAAAGUGAAUCAGAUUUUGAAUGACGCUCGUGAUCGAACUGGUAGUUCGGCGCAGAAAUCGCUGUCCGAAUUCAAUAAUUUCAAGUCGAUGGUCGUUUCCGGAUCGAAGGGAUCGAAAAUUAAUAUCUCGCAGGUUAUCGCUUGUGUCGGACAACAAAACGUCGAAGGAAAGCGUAUUCCAUUCGGAUUCCGUCACCGUACUCUUCCCCAUUUCAUCAAAGACGACUACGGACCAGAAUCGAAAGGAUUCGUCGAGAAUUCGUAUCUCGCCGGUCUAACGCCUACUGAAUUCUUCUUCCACGCAAUGGGAGGACGUGAAGGUCUGAUUGAUACGGCUGUGAAAACGGCUGAAACUGGAUACAUUCAACGUCGUCUCAUCAAGGCGAUGGAGAGUGUUAUGGUCAAUUAUGAUGGUACUGUAAGGAAUUCGUUGGCACAAAUGGUACAGCUGAGAUACGGAGAGGACGGAUUGGACGGAAUGUGGGUUGAGGAUCAGAAUAUGCCGACGAUGAAGCCGAAUAACGCCGUGUUUGAGAGAGAUUUCAGAAUGGAUCUCACCGACAACAAAUUCCUUCGAAAGAACUACUCAGAAGACGUCGUUCGUGAGAUUCAAGAAUCCGAGGACGGCAUCUCGCUCGUCGAAUCCGAAUGGUCUCAACUCGAAGAGGAUCGACGUCUCCUUCGUAAAAUCUUCCCCCGUGGUGACGCGAAGAUCGUACUUCCUUGCAAUCUCCAACGUCUCAUCUGGAACGCCCAAAAAAUCUUCAAAGUGGAUCUCCGAAAGCCGGUGAAUCUCUCUCCACUUCAUGUGAUCAACGGCGUCCGUGAGCUAUCGAAAAAGCUGAUAAUCGUCAGUGGCAACGAUGAGAUCUCGAAACAAGCUCAGUAUAAUGCGACGUUGCUCAUGAAUAUUCUGUUGCGCUCCACACUUUGCACGAAGAAGAUGUGCACGUCGGCGAAACUGAAUACGGAGGCGUUCGAUUGGUUAUUGGGAGAAGUGGAGUCACGAUUCCAACAGGCGAUUGCUCAACCGGGAGAAAUGGUUGGAGCAUUGGCUGCUCAGUCACUCGGAGAGCCCGCCACUCAGAUGACAUUGAAUACGUUCCAUUAUGCAGGAGUUUCAGCGAAAAAUGUGACUCUUGGAGUGCCACGUCUCAAGGAAAUCAUCAAUGUCUCCAAGCAACUGAAAACCCCAUCGCUUACCGUAUUCCUCACCGGUGCCGCUGCAAAAGACGCUGAAAAAGCGAAGGAUGUGCUCUGUAAGCUGGAGCAUACGACGCUGAAAAAGGUGACAUUGAACACUGCGAUCUACUACGAUCCUGACCCGAAGAAUACCGUAAUCGCGGAAGACGAGGAGUGGGUAUCGAUUUUCUAUGAGAUGCCGGAUCACGACUUGUCGAGAACGUCUCCGUGGUUGUUGAGAAUCGAAUUGGAUCGGAAGAGAAUGGUGGAUAAGAAGUUGACGAUGGAAAUGAUAGCGGAUCGAAUUCAUGGAGGAUUUGGUAACGAUGUGCACACGAUUUAUACCGAUGACAACGCUGAAAAACUGGUUUUCCGCUUGAGAAUCGCCGGAGAGGAUAAGGGAGCGGACACACAGGAGGAGCAGGUGGAUAAGAUGGAGGAUGACGUCUUCUUGAGAUGUAUCGAGGCGAAUAUGUUGUCGGAUUUGACGCUUCAAGGAAUUCCAGCCAUCUCUAAAGUCUAUAUGAAUCAGCCGAAUACUGAUGAUAAGAAACGGAUUAUUAUCACGCCGGAGGGUGGAUUCAAGGCGGUCGCCGACUGGAUUCUGGAGACUGAUGGAACCGCGUUGCUGCGAGUUCUAUCGGAAAGACAAAUCGAUCCGGUUCGAACGACUUCGAAUGAUAUCUGCGAGAUCUUUGAGGUGUUGGGAAUCGAGGCGGUGCGAAAGGCGAUUGAGCGGGAAAUGGACAAUGUCAUCUCGUUCGACGGUUCCUAUGUGAAUUACAGACAUUUGGCGUUGCUUUGUGAUGUGAUGACUGCGAAGGGACACUUGAUGGCCAUUACGAGACAUGGAAUUAAUCGACAGGAGGUUGGAGCACUCAUGAGAUGCUCGUUCGAGGAGACGGUCGAUAUUUUGAUGGAGGCCUCGGUUCAUGCGGAGGUGGACCCUGUUAAAGGAGUCUCCGAGAACAUUAUGCUCGGCCAACUGGCUCGUUGCGGUACGGGAUGUUUCGAUUUGGUGUUGGAUGUGGAGAAAUGCAAAUAUGGAAUGGAAAUUCCACAGAAUGUCGUCAUGGGUGCCGGUUAUUACGGUGGAUUCGCUGGAUCGCCGAACGCACACGAAUUCUCGCCAUCGCACUCUCCAUGGAAUUCAGGAGUCACUCCAUCAUACGGCGGUGCAUCAUGGUCGCCAGGAGCCGGUGGAAUGUCACCAAGUGCCGGAUUCUCUCCAGCCGGAAAUAUGGACGGUGGCGCGUCACCAUUCAACGAAGGCGGUUGGUCGCCAGCGUCUCCAGGAGAUCCACUCGGAGCUCUGUCCCCCAGAACACCCGCUUACGGUGGAAUGUCUCCUGGAGCCUACUCGCCAACGUCUCCACAAUUCUCGAUGACGUCACCACACUAUUCGCCAACAUCUCCGAGUUAUUCGCCAACUUCUCCAGCUGCCGGACAAUCGCCGGCGUCUCCCAGUUAUUCGCCAACUUCUCCGAGUUAUUCGCCAACAUCGCCGAGUUAUAGUCCGACGUCUCCCAGCUACUCGCCGACGUCUCCAAGCUAUUCACCGACAUCUCCGAGUUAUUCGCCAACUUCGCCGAGCUACUCGCCGACAUCGCCAAGUUAUAGUCCGACGUCGCCGAGCUAUUCGCCGUCGAGCCCGAGAUAUUCGCCAACGUCGCCCACUUAUAGUCCGACUAGUCCGACAUACUCUCCAACAUCACCAACAUACUCUCCGACGUCUCCAACGUAUUCUCCAACGUCGCCAAGUUACGAGGGAUACUCGCCGUCGUCGCCAAAGUACUCGCCGUCGUCGCCCACCUACUCGCCGACGUCUCCAUCGUAUUCACCAACGUCGCCACAGUAUUCGCCGACGUCGCCACAGUACAGUCCGAGCUCACCGACAUACACUCCAUCGUCACCAACAUACAAUCCGACGUCACCACGUGCGUUCUCACCACAAUACUCGCCAACGUCGCCAACGUAUUCGCCGACGUCGCCGAGCUACACACCGUCGUCGCCACAAUACUCGCCGACGUCGCCAACCUACACGCCAUCGCCAUCCGAUCAACCAGGCACUUCGGCUCAGUACUCCCCAUCAUCGCCAACGUAUUCGCCGUCGUCUCCAACAUAUUCACCGGCGUCACCAUCCUACAGUCCAAGUUCGCCGACAUACGAUCCAAAUCCAUAA